AUGGCAUUCAAAGGCUUUGUAACGAGAUUUUGGGGAAGAGGCUACUUAACAGAAAUUAAGUGGUUAUUGCAUGGGAGGGCAUUGGGAGUUUCAGUGACAGACUAUACAUUUGAAGACUGUCAGCUAGCUUUAGCUGAAGGACAACUUCGUCUGCCUUCAGACACAUGUCUUUUAGAAUUUGCAAAGCUUGUGAGAAGCCUUGGCCUGAAGCCAGAAACACUUGAAGAUGAUCUUGAUAAAUAUGCUGCAAGUGCCAUGAAAAUGGAAAAAGAAAAGAUUGAUCUUAAAGAAUUUUCAGCAUACUUGGAAUUUCCAGUUUCUGACACAUUAGAAAGUAUGUUUGCACUUUUUGAUGAGAAUGAAGAUGGCAUAAUUGACAUUCGGGAAUUUGUCAUUGCUCUGUCAGUUGUCUGCAAGCCAUCCAAAACUCUGGAAACAAUUCAUUUGGCAUUUCAGCUGUACCAGUCAGAAAAUGGAACUAUAACGGAAGAUGAUUUAGCUCGUAUUCUGAAGACUGCCAUGGGUGUGUCACAGAUUAAUGUCAUGCAUCUUUUUAGAGCUGUAGAUGAAGAAGAAAAAGGAGAGAUUACAUACAAUGACUUCUACAGAUUUGCUGAAUUGCACCCACACUUUGCAGAAGACUAUCUCUAUGCAGAUCAGAUGGGAGCUGAGAGUGGCUUGGAGACUUCAUCUCUUUCUGCUCCUAAUGGCAUCUGUACUGACUUCAGCCCUGAAAACGCUGAAGAUACAAAAAAGCUGCUGCAGAAGAAACUGAAUUGACACUACAACUGUUACCUUCCUCUCCUG